AUGGUGGCAGAGACCAAACUAUACGAUGCCCUAAGCAUACAACCCACAGCAACGCAAGAAGAGAUCAAAAAGGCCUACCGGAAAGCGGCUCUAAAAUGGCACCCAGACAAGAACAAAGACAACCCAAAUGCAGCCGAAAAGUUCAAGGAAGUUUCUCAGGCAUAUGAAGUACUGUCUGACCCAGAGAAGAGAAAGGUGUACGAUGAUUAUGGCCUCGAGUUCUUGUUGAAGGGAGGACAGGCCCCUCCUCCUGGUGCUGAAGGCAUGCCUGGUGGUGCAGGCUUUGGAGGCAUGCCGGGUGGCUUCAAUUUCGGAGGCAUGCCUGGAGGUGCCGGCGGUACCCAGUCAUUCCAUUUCUCCAACAGGGGAGGCUCAGGGUUCGGCUUCUCAGACCCAAACGACAUCUUUUCGGGUUUCGUACGCGGUGGAGCCGGCGGAGCCGGCGGAGGUGGAGAAGAAGACGACAUAUUCAAUCUAUUCAACUCAUUCGGUGGUGCUAGGCCUGGUGGAAGCAGACGAACUACUGGUAGUUUCCCUCAGCGCCAGGCCAGACCACAAACUCCCGAAGUGACAGUGGUCGAACGGCCUUUACCUGUCACAUUGGAGGACAUCUUCAAAGGUGCAAACAAGAAGAUGAAGAUUAAGAGAAAGACUUUCAAUGCUUCAGGGCAACGGACAACCGAGGAUAAGAUCCUGGAAAUGCACGUGAAGCCAGGCUUGAAAGCAGGCUCAAAAAUCAAGUUCGCUGGCGUCGGUGAUCAAGAAGAAGGAGGAACACAAGAUCUCCAUUUUAUUGUGACUGAGAAGCCACAUCCGACGUUGACUCGCGACGGUGAUAACCUUCGAACAACGGUAGAGAUCGACCUGAAAGAAGCGCUUACUGGUUGGAAGCGGACAGUGACGACCAUUGAUGGUAAACAGUUGAAUGUCUCUGGAACUGGCCCGACCCAACCUGGUUAUGAAGAAAGAUUCCCAGGACUGGGAAUGGUACUACCCAAGAAGCCCAGCGAGAGAGGUGAUUUUAUUGUCCAGGUCAAGGUGAACUUCCCCAAAUCCUUGACACCUGCCCAGAAACAAAAGAUCAAGGAAGCUCUCCCCUAA